ACUUUGAGCUUGGUUUAUAACCAGAGAUGUAAUUAGACGCAGGAGGGAGCUGCGGGAGGGAUGGAGGUAAAUUUCGCACUGACUUGACAGAAGUGUGUGUGUAUCUUUAAAAGAUUCUCCACCUCCCUGCCGGCCUCCUCCCAGUUUGCCACUGGGGUUUGCAACCUCCUGGUCACCUCAGUCAAAGCAGGGACCCAGCAUGGGCACCUCCUUUGUAGUUCCAGGAGCAGUUUUGUUGUCAUGGAGGCCACAGUGAAUUGAGGAGUGUAAAGGUAGCUGUUUUUAGUCUCAAAGAUCAGCCCAAAAUAUAGGCCGUUGCUCCUCUUCCGGAAAAGCCUGAUUGGUAGGAUUCUUCCAGUUCAGCAGACGUGCUUUAUCUCUUUCCCUCACCAACUUCAAAACUAGAGCUCACCAAGAUCCUGUGGAGGAAAACCUGCCAGGUCUAUCAUUUCUCACAAAUGGCUGAUCCUGGAGGUGGAGCUGUUUGCAAUGGGACUCUUCACAGUCAGAGCGAGGACAGUCACAGUGAAAACUGCACAGAGAACGGGACAGUGAGAGAAGCCCAGCAAAAUGGAAAUUCCAAUUUCUAUAAGCCAAUUGUUGAAUCCUUUGAGGAAGCACCUCUUUAUGCUGUGAUUUUAACUUAUAUGGGAUAUGGAAUUGGGACGCUGUUUGGCUAUCUCAGAGAUUUUUUGAGAAACUUGGGAAUAGAAAAAUGCAAUGCAGCUGUAGAGCGAGAAGAACAAAAGGAUUUUGUGCCGCUGUAUCAAAACUUUGAGAAUUUUUAUACACGGAACCUUUACAUGAGAGUCAGAGACAACUGGAACCGGCCCAUCUGCAGUGCCCCGGGGGCUCUGUUCGAUGUGAUGGAGAGGGUUUCAGAUGACUACAACUGGACAUUUAGGUUUACUGGAAGAAUCAUCAAAGAUGUCAUCAACAUGGGUUCCUAUAACUUCCUUGGCCUGGCAGCCAAGUAUGAUGAAUCCAUGAGGACAGUAAAGGAUGUGUUAGAGACGUACGGCCUAGGUGUGAGCAGCACCAGACAAGAAAUGGGAACCUUGGAUAAGCAUAAAGAGUUAGAGGACCUUGUGUCUAAGUUCCUGAAUGUAGAAGCUGCUAUGGUCUUUGGGAUGGGAUUUGCAACUAACUCAAUGAAUAUCCCUGCACUAGUUGGAAAGGGGUGCCUCAUUUUAAGUGAUGAGUUAAACCACGCAUCUCUUGUGCUUGGGGCCCGCCUCUCAGGUGCAACCAUAAGGAUCUUCAAACACAACAACAUGCAAAGCCUAGAGAAGCUCCUGAGAGAUGCUGUAAUCUACGGCCAGCCCCGAACCCACAGAGCUUGGAAGAAGAUUCUCAUCCUAGUGGAGGGCAUCUACAGCAUGGAAGGUUCCAUUGUGCAUCUGCCCCAGAUCGUGGCCCUAAAGAAGAAAUACAAGGCUUACCUCUACAUAGAUGAAGCUCACAGUAUCGGAUCUGUGGGCCCCAGCGGUCGUGGUGUGGUGGAGUUCUUUGGAAUGGACCCCAGAGAUGUUGAUGUGUGCAUGGGCACAUUCACCAAAAGCUUUGGAGCCUCAGGAGGUUACAUAGCUGGAAGAAAGGACCUUGUGGAUUAUUUACGGGUUCACUCACACAGUGCUGCAUAUGCUACAUCCAUGAGCCCCCCAAUAGCAGAGCAGAUCAUCAGGUCAAUGAAGUUCAUCAUGGGACUGGAUGGGACCACACAAGGGUUGCAGAGAGUACAACAACUUGCCAAAAACACAAGAUACUUCAGACAGAGACUGAAAGAAAUGGGAUUCAUUAUCUACGGCCAUGAGGAAUCUCCAGUGGUCCCCCUGCUCCUUUACAUGCCUGCUAAAGUAGCGGCUUUUGCAAGGCAUCUUUUAAAGAGAAAAAUUGGCAUAGUAGUCGUCGGAUUUCCAGCUACUCCCCUCGCAGAAGCCCGGGCUCGGUUUUGUGUUUCAGCAGCACAUACCCGGGAGAUGUUAGACGCAGUUUUGGAAGCACUGGAUGAGAUGGGUGACCUCCUGCAGCUGAAAUAUUCCAGGCACAGGAAAUCAGCUCGCCCUGAACUCUAUGAUGAGACAAACUUUGAACUUGAGGAUUGAGUUUCCUGGUCCAGAGUGGAACCUAAAGACCUCACCAGAAAGACCUCCCUCCUUUCCUCAGAAAGAAUAUAAGUUGAUUUCUCCUCCUUUCUAAGGACAGUUUUGGUUUCCAAACCAGCUUUAUUGAACCAAGGGAGACAUGAUUUUUGUUGUAUUUCUUAUGUCUCAGCAGAGACGAACUUUGGUUCCAGAGUUUACCUUUCUCCUCUUCCAAGUAUCCUGCUACAAAUACACACCUGUACUUCUUUGAAUAUUUUUAAUAUCAAUGGGCCUGUGUUUUAACUGCUACUGUGCAGCCUUUUUGGUCUAGACCCUUUCAGGAGUUCCAACCAAAUGAGAGGGUUUUGAUUUUUAACUCAGUAGAUUUCACUAUGUGUUUAUUUAUGUAAUCUGCAGACAGGGCAGGAGUGGGGUGGGGGCAGGUGCUGAACUCCUUUUUACCCAUGACAGCACCAGCUAAAACUCAUCCAUGUCAUGGGAAGUUCCAAGCAAGAGGGUAAAGAAAUGUGGCUUCUACCAUUUGCCACAUUUGGACUUUUUCCAAGAACAUGUGUCAAAAGCCAUAUUCAGUAUUUCCAGGGAGAGAGCAGACCUGGUCAGCAACCAAAAGGAUCUUUAAAGGAAACUUUUAUUUUCCUUUUGUUGAUCUCCUACCACUUUACAGCUGAGUUCUUAAGGAUUGGAAAAUUCAAGACUUUUAUUUCAUCAGGAAGGGGACAGAAAGUAAGUCAAAUUUUAAGCCUGAACUAAAAUUUUAAAUUGAUUACAACUAGAACAUUGUCGGUGCCUUGUGGACUGAAUGUUCAGCCCACAUGAUCUUUACUAUCUUUAGGAAUGAGUUGUCAUUUUCCUAUUGAAUUUGGAGUAUGUGGUGAAAUUCAAGGUCCUUUAGAGUUGACUUCCAAGACUACACUUGAAGAGCAUAUUGAUUCAAAAUGACAUUUAAAAGUAAAUUCCAUUCAACUUUUUCAGUUUUGACAGGCCUAUUAAAUGAUACUGUCAUUUGGCAGGAGCACUCCAAUUGGGUGCUGGGUGGGCUUGUACACUAUUGGACAACCAAUUGUAAUUUACCUAAGUUUUCUCUGUCUCUAUGUCACUAGAUAUCUGCCUGUCUGCCACUCUCUCUUUCUCUAAAUGUGAACACACACUUUUCUGCAAAUUAACCCUUAGCUAAUUGGACCUGGUUGAUAUGGAAAAGGCCAGUGGAAAAUUUUAUCUUCAAUAUGGUCCCUGAUUAUGCUCAGGCUGGGAAACUCUAAAAAACAGUGAUGAUCUUUCAACAAAGCUUCUGUAACUGUUCAAAUGAAUUACAGCAUAUUCCACUCCAUCAAAUGACACUAUAAACAAAUCAUUUCAAGAGAGGUUUGACUUUGCAUGACACAGAUGGGCCCAGACUUUCAUAGUGGGAGCUGAGAUGGAAACUCUGCCACAGCACAGUGUCAGCUGGAGCAGCAGGCCCAGAUGCUCACAGCUUAUUUGAGGUUAAAAGUGAUCAGUGUGGAAAUCUUUUUUAUGGGGAAAUGAUACCCCUCAGUAGGCACCUCAGCUUAAAUAUGGAUCACAAUGAUAAAUUUCCUCAUGAAUGUGUGCAAGGAGCCCUAUAAGCAGAAGAGGAGAGGAAGUGGGUUUUGAAAAUCCAGUUGCCCCAUCCAAGGACUGAUAUUAAUAUCUCAAUUCCAGAUUAAAUUCCAACUCUCCUCAGUGAAGUGGUGCAGCAUUCCUUGUGUAAAGAAAAUCUAUGUUGUAUAAAUGAACAAUGCAAAUACAUAUAGGUCCUUUCUCUUGAAAAUGUGCAUUUAAUUGAAGUUGUUCCUAGUUAAGUGUCCAAAAUGUACCUUUAUCAAGAUCCCAGAGUCCUGGCCAAUUCAUUAUAUUCUCCAAUACAAGAUAAAGGACCUAUCUGUGUCAGAGCAUCUGUGUUGAGAAUACACUUAGGAGAACAUCUGGGAUCAAAGUGGAAUGUUUCCUGAGCACAUUAGAGAGGCCCAGGUCCCAAAGGGCUGGUAGUAUAUAAGAAUAUAUGUCAUAUACAAUGUUUGGUUAAGAGGGUGUUUAUGAGAAUGUUUAAGUUUUAUAAGAAAAAAUCUACUGCAAGAUUAGUAAAACCAUGAUUUAAAUUCAAUAGGGAUUAUUGAGUCUCACUAACUAUACCAGAAUCAAAAAUGCCCGUUUAGUUGGUUCUGUUCCAAAAGACAAUUUUCCACAGAACUAUAGCUUUAUUCACCCCCAGCUCUCCAACUUGUGCAUGCACAUGUGCAUACACACACACACACACACACUUUCCCCUUCCUUUACAGAGCAAGUAAGACAGUAAUGGUACAGAGAUGAAAAACUGGUGGAAGAUGUUGUUCUAAAGGUGACCUUCAGGGAAGUAGAAGGAAAAGGAUCUAGAUGGAUAUUCAUAAGGAAAAUAUAUCUACUCAUUUGGGAGAUAGUGUAGACACCUUCCUUGUCUUGUCAUGGAACUGCAGUAUCCUGGGUGUUUGUCUCUAUUGUCAUUCAGCAUGUUUUGCCCUGCCAGAGACCAAUCAGAAUUUGCUAGGAAGCUUGUUAAAAUGCAGACCCCUAGGCCCCAUACCAGGCUUCCACUGAAUCAGACUAGCUAUCAUUCCCAGGAAUCUGAAAUUUAUCCAGCCUUCCCAGGGGAUUCUAAUCCAUUUCAUAGUUUAAGAACCACUCUUGGAACUUUUUGUUUUGGUAGAUCAGUUGGCUCUAAUAACAUACCAGGAAAUUCAUUUUGAUUCUCUGUUGGCAAUUAAGGUUUUUUAUGCUACUAAAAUAAAAUUAAUUAUUCUUAACUUUUACCCUCAAUGGGAUUUUUUGUUCCCAUUUCCCAGGUGUCUUCUCUUUUAACAAGAACGGAUCCAAUGUUGAAGAAUAAUCUACCAUUCAUUUGGACAAAAUUAUCCUUUCUCUAGUUAUCUUCUGUUUUAUUGCCUACAAGAUAUCCCUUUUGCUUUUCAUUCCCUUGUCCCAUUUAAUAUGGACUUGUUUCUUUUCCUUUUUUCCUACCCCUAUUUAUUUAUUCCAAAAAAAGCUCUUGGACAAGGUGAAAGUCUUAAUAGUUCUUCAAACGUUCAAUGUUCUUCUGUUAUUUUUCUUCAGAGAUAGAAAAUAUAAAUGGGUUACUCUGACUGAAAAGUUCUGAUGAGGAAAACUUAACUGUAUUAAAUAUACACUUUAUGGCAAUAAUAACAAUUGUGAUUUGAACUUAUCUGAUGAUUUAUUGACAAUUUUCCCUGGUCUGGGUAAGCACAACAUAUUUGAAGUCUGUUUUCUCAGAAUGAUGCCUGCAGCCAUGUAAUGUUCAGGACAUUAAGGAGAGCCUAUAUUUUAAAUGUUUCUAGGCAAUUAUUGUAGGACGUUGUCUUAUGUUGUGGUGUGUUGUGCAUGUGUGUGUGUGUGCGUUUCACAGAAGCAUUGGAAGUGACCAAUUUUAUUUUAUUCUAUCUGUGAUGUGUAAAUUUCUUUAAUAAACAAAUUAUCAAAAUAAA